CUCCCCUCGCCGUCUCCACCCACACGCCAUUAAACCCCACCUCGCCCGCGGCUGCCGGCGGCGAGCCCCGACCGGGCCAGAGAUCGAGCGCGCAGGAGGGGGAGCGACAUGGGGACCCUCGGGCGCGCGAUCUACACGGUGGGCAAGUGGAUCCGCGGCACGGGUCAGGCCAUGGACCGCCUCGGAUCCACCAUGCAGGGCGGCCUCCGCGUCGAGGAGCAGGUAUCCAGACAUCGUACAAUUAUGAGCAUAUUCGAAAAAGAGCCAAGAAUCGACAAAGAUGUCUUUGUUGCUCCCAGUGCAGCAGUCAUUGGUGAUGUUCAGAUUGGACAUGGAUCCUCAAUCUGGUAUGGCUCCGUUUUGAGAGGUGAUGUCAACGGCAUUCGUAUUGGAUCUGGAUCAAAUAUACAAGACAACACUCUUGUACAUGUUGCAAAAACUAACAUAAGCGGGAAUGUCCUCCCAACCAUAAUUGGAAGCAAUGUUACAGUAGGGCACAGUGCUAUUUUACAUGCAUGCACCAUUGAGGAUGAAGCUUUUGUUGGUAUGGGUGCCACUUUGCUUGACGGAGUGGUUGUUGAAAAGCACAGCAUGGUUGGUGCGGGAUCCCUUGUUAAGCAGAACACGAGGAUUCCUUCUGGAGAGGUCUGGGUUGGUAAUCCUGCUAAGUUCCUAAGAAAGCUUACGGAGGAGGAGAUUGCCUUCAUCUCCCAAUCAGCAACCAACUACUUCAACUUAGCUCAAGUUCACGCAGCCGAGAAUGACAAGAGCUUCGAUGAGAUUGAGCUCGAGAAGAAGCUGAGGAAGAAGUUUGCUCACAAAGACGAGGAGUACGACUCGAUGCUUGGAGUGGUCCGGGAGAUCCCGCCACAGCUCAUCCUUCCCGACAACAUCCUCCCAGACAAGGCUAAGGCGUCCGCCGUUGCUCACUGAACGAUUUUCUCUUGUCAAGCCCCUGUUGGGAUGCUUGGUGUUGUUAUAUGGUGACUUGGAACAUUUGACGUAUGUCUUGGUCUUGUUCUCUGUUUUUUCCAUGCCCAAUAAGAUUUGGGUCGAGCGUUGUUGUAGGAUCGACCAUAUACAGUACAUCUCUUUUCCAUUGAAAUGAAGAGAAGCCUGGUAUCACUUUUGCACAUUCGGUAUGUAUUGCACUGUGCACAUUGUUGAAGCAGUGAUGUUUUGCACCGUAGAGGUGCCUGUU